UGUCCCGGCGAUCCAUGAAUUGCCAAAACUGCAGAUUCAAAUGCGUCGCUCUGCUAAUGGAAACGUACUCGAUUUGAGAGGUUGAUGCGCAUGGACAGUCGAUUAAUUGACUCCUCGAAGACGGGCGGAAUGAAAUCUUUGCGCGAAAGCUUUGAACGGUUAUAAGUUCACGAGGUGGAGCGAGAAAAAAAAUUCCAAACUUGCGCGAAGAGAAAUUUGUGAGAAGGAUUUUGUGGGUGUGCGGGGGAGAGAGAGAGAGAGAGAGAGAGAGAGUGAAAGGAGGGAAGCAUUGCGGAAAUCGAUGGAAGGGAUUUUGAGGUAGAGACAUUCGAAGGAGGGGAAUGGCGAGAGGCAGGGGGGUCGGUUAUGGCGUUAACGGGGAGUGGGGGGUAAGCAUAGUUAGGACGAAGCCUCAGGACCGGGGCCAUGUUAACCGUUCUUUCCCCUGUUCUAGCAUCCGAGUGGUGCUGCUGGGUUAGCCACAUCCGCCUCGUAGCCCUGUGCGAGCCUGAUUCUGCGACCUCUUCCAGGCGCAGACUUUCAGUAGCUGAGAGAAUUUAUGUGGCUGUGCUAUUGUUUGGAAUGCGUGACAUGCGCUUGAUAGGGGUGAAGAGGACGCAGAGUUGGAGAAGAAUGUCGAGGAUAUGUGUCCGCGACCUCGCAACAGGGUUGAGAGGAAAUGGAAUUUACGCGCCGCGGUUGGAUGUGGCUUUGGUGGGAAACGAAGCAGCAUUUUCUGCGGCGUGAACCGCCUGAAUUAACUGGGGUGUGUAGGGAAAAUGAUAGGGAACGUAGUGAUGAGUGGUUUUGUGAUCCGGUGUAAAUUUGGUGACAAAUGGUUUACACAAUGAGUAAUGCGCUCUUGCCAUGAGUUGGAUAUGUGCGAGAUGGCGAUGGCGAGAGGGAUGGCUGCUCUAAUAGUAUAAGGGCUUCACCUCUCAUUGUACUUCAAAAUCACGGCGUGCGCAGGUAUUGCUUGACGAAUUAAAUAGGUAUUGGCAAGUGCGUUCCAGAGAUCGUAUGCGCAGCAUUUCUUCGACCAUAUCAACAAUUGCAAGCAGCAGGAACAAUCCAAGCCGGCUCCGUGCCCCGCAAGCUUUUCAGGAAUUAAGCUGGACCUGCACAGGUAUGAUCCCAAAAACAACUCUGUCCGAAAAACCUCACCAAAGUGGGUGCUCGACCUAGAAUGCAGCAGCCUUCAUUCAAACCUCCGUUAACUCCCAAUUCCCAAUUCUCAGCUGCCAUGUCAAGCCCCCGUAAGUACUCGACCCCCAAGUCCUCCCUCCCUCUUGGCCACUGCCUACAAUCAGCAUCACAAAAACUACAGAUUACGCUGAUGGAAAAUUACUCUGCCUGCAACAGAGAACAGAUGCAGGCAUCCGGUGGACGAGGUUUCCAGACCCCCAGCGGCCGAGGUGGCCCUUUCAUCAGCAACUACAUGGCUACCUCCUCCGCCAUGAUGUCCACCAGGCCAAGCACAUCUUCCACCUCCCCUGGCCAACAACAACACACCAGCACCAACACCUUCAGAAACGGGCCUGGUGCUGGGCAUGGCUCCGCACUGGGUACCAGCAACGGGGGGAGCACCGCAGGAGGAGGAGGUGGAGGAGGUGGUAUCAACAUCAACAGCAAGAGCGUUGUGUUCAGCAACAAAACCUCGCCCAUGGACCCGCGGUCGCCGACCGCCAGUACGAAUCCGGGCGCCGGCCGCGGAGUGGGUGGACAGGGUCAUCCCGGCGUCCCGCUCACGUUACGCGGCGGCGCCGUCGGGCCGCGACUGCGCGCGGAGGGUUUGAUGGUGCCGCCGGCGUCGGACGCAGCCACGCUGCGGCGGCAAGUGGCGGCCUUGCAGCUGGACUUGGAGGCGCAUAUUGACGGCGAGAUGCGGCUCCAAAGCAUCAACAAUGAGCUGCGUGAAAGGUUAGAAUUGUACAUGAAACAAAACCAUGAAAAUGUUGAAAGGGCAGAAAAUGAACUGAACACCCUUCAUGAAGAUAUGGAACAAACUUUGGAGCUUCAGCGUCGAUUAGCACAAAGGGCUCAAGCACUUGAAAAAGAAAAGAAAGAUAUGGAGGCUGUACUGACAAGAGCUGCCGACUCAUAUGAAACAGAACGAGCAAUCUUAAACAAUCGAUUAGCUGAAAUGAGUGUUGAAGUAGGUGACAAAGCAAAUGCUGAGGCCAAAAUUGCAUUUCUGGAGGCAGAAUUAUCAACUUCUACGAAUUUGAAAGAUAAAUUAGAAGAGAGGUUGCAAAUUAUAACCGAUGAGGUUUUAUUUCUAAAAGCAAAACAAGAAGAGUACACUGAAGAAAUGCAUAAUUUAAGUAAAAAGAGUAAUUGA